AUGGCACAUAUCCUCUUCCUCUCGUCAAUGCGUCCCACGGCCGUGCGCCACUUCCACUCGACGCAGCCGCAACCAUGGCUCGUUCCUGUCGGUCUAACAUGUGCAGGGAUGUUUAUUGGUACUCGUUACAUCAUGCGGGUUCAAGAGCGGGUGCGUCGACGUCGUGCCGGCCUUUUUGAGGACAAAGACGAUGAUAAAAGUGACAAACACGCGUCAUCUUUGAACGAAGUGCAGCAAAUACUGGGCGUAGACGUCGGUUCUUCGAAUCUACGCAUUGCUACAGCCUCAUUACGUGAUUUUGCAGUCUCUGCGCGGGUGAUUGAAAGCGCGGAUGGACUUCGAGCGAUACCUGCAGCUGUGGCAGUAGACAACGACAGCAUCUCAGUGGGAGCCAUUGCCAAGUCAUUACAGGGUCGAAAACAUGGCUACACUGCAACAGCCACACGACUAUUGCUUGUUGAUACAAUUGAGAAGAUAGAGCGGGAGAAACUGAUCAAGAAAUUGCCAUACAGAACGUACAGUCCCGAGUGGGCGGCCGAGAUGAUGCUGGAUUAUUUGCAUACAACGGCAGUGACUUCGUUAGGAGACGAUCCGAUGAAAAACUUAUCUGCUGUCCUUGCAGUUCCAGCGGGGACGAAUGAACAAGAGCGUGCAGAGUAUGAACAAGUGGCCAACAGUGCAGGGUUCAAUGUCAUCGCUGCUAUUGAUGAGCCAGUGGCUGCUCUGCAUGCUGUGCAGAGAUGCGUAAUGGAGGAGCUGCAUAGUCCUGAAAUCUUGUCUUCCAGGGGACCCAUCGCAGUGCUCGACAUUGGUGGAUAUGUCUCGACGGUAUCACUGCUCGAGAAAGAACGGCAUGGUAUUGGGUUCAGUGUGCUACAUACGAUGUCGACCGUCGCCGUCUCAGGUCAUCUAGUGAACGAGCUUCUGUUCCGUUCAGUGGUGGAGAAAUUCAAGGAGGACCACGGCAUUGAUCUGUCUGUUGAUUACAUGGCCAGCUAUCGCAUUCUAGAAGCUGUGGAGUCGGCAAAAAUCGAGUUGUCAAGUCGCUUGAGCUCGGGCAUUAAUUUGCCGUUCAUCACAGCAGACCGAAAGGGAGCAAAGCACUUGGUGCAUACGAUUACAGCAUUCAGUCUUGCACAUGUACAGGAAAGCUUAGCUCGCGACGCCAUCGCACUCUGCGACCACGCGCUUUACGACGCUGGUGUGUCAAAACAAGAUCUCAGUGGAUUUGUAUUCAUCGGUGGAGGUGCGAAGUCCAAGUUCAUGCGACAGCAGCUGGAAGCAUAUUUCAAGCGUCCUGCUUUCAAAACCAAGAGCUUUAAUCCUGAAGAAGCUGUGGUCCUAGGAGCAUCGGAAUACGGUCGUCAGUUGAUUCAAGAAUACUAA